UUGAGUACAUGACAAAGUAACGGGAAACUGCUGAUGACUGUGUGAACGGAGACUGGACCCUUUUAAUUUAAUUGCUAUAUAGAUUAAUCAAUUGUUAUUCUAAUGUAUUGACUUGCUGUCUUUUGUGGAGUUGGAACCACAGUUACGCGUGUGAUCUGUUUUAUUUAGCAGUUAUUUUAUUGAUAUAGCCUAAUGUCUCUGAAGGGUGUGACAGUGAGCUGUCAAACUGUUACUCUGUAAUUUAUUUAUUUUGAUGCUAUUUAAAUAUAUAGAGCCAAGCUGACAAGGAAUUAAGCGGAAGGGCGCUUAAAUGAAUUGUUUAGACGCUUCGCACUGAUCAGGUAACAUUCAAUGUCAAUCCACUUUUUAUUUUGUGUCCAUCGUGAACAUUUCUAAAGGUUGCAAAACAUUUUUAGACGAACAUGAGAAAGUCUUUCUUUAAACGAGCGAAGGUUGUUCCUUGGAUAACUAAUGUCACGCUAUACGGAUGCUUGUUUGCUGGAGGGGAUUUUGCGCAUCAGUGUCUGGCGCAAAGGGAUGAGAUUGACUGGAGGCACACGAGAAACGUGGCUAUCGUGGCGCUCAGUUUUCAAGGUAACUUCAAUUACUUCUGGUUGCGGGCCUUGGAGCGUCGUUUCCCGGGAAGAUCGGCAGGCAUGAUCUUCCGCAAAUUGCUUUUGGAUCAAACUUUUGCAUCACCUUUGGCGACCAGUGUCUUCUACACAGGUGUGAGUUUCUUAGAAGGCAAGGAGGACAUAUUUGCAGACUGGCGAGAAAAGUUUUUUAACACUUACAAGACUGGACUAAUGUAUUGGCCAUUCAUGCAGUUUCUGAAUUUUGUUCUGAUGCCCCUAUAUCUGAGAACAGCAUUCAUGGGCUGUUCAGCAUUCUUUUGGGCAACAUUCUUAUGUUUCUCACAUCAUAGUGGAGAUGGGACUGCAGCAGUGGCUUUAGCCUGGGUCAUGGCCCCCAAAAAAGCACUUCUAGCUCGCAGUUCUGGUGAGGAGAAAUAAAGACAUCGUGCCGCACACGAACAUGCCUUUGCAGAUGGUUGUUUCUGUCCUACACUCCUAUUACUGUGAUUAUAAAUCAAACUUGUAUUCAACUUUCUGCUGUUAUGAAUAUGUAUACGUUUACUGUGUAUUUAUGAUGAAAAACAUUACAGCAUUAGGUUGCCAUUCAACUCAA